AUGUCUCAAAACAACACCAAAAUGGGCUACACUCUCGGCGUUCUCGGCUGUGGCACGAUGGGUGUCGCCAUCCUCUCGGGUGUCCUUUCCUCCCUCGAGGCUCGCCUCGCCUCCUACCCCAAUGGCCGUAACACUCCCCGCGAGCCCACAUCCGGCAUCUCUACUCCCACCGCCAGCAUGUUCCUUGAGGCUCCGGAGGAGACGCUUCCCAUGAAGUUCGUUGCGACUGUUGGGCGCGAGGAGACGGCCCGUAAGCUGCGCAAGACGUUUGAGAACCACAACUCGCUCGGUGCGGGCGUCGACGUGCGUUGCGGCAAGGGUGCCAACGUCUCGGCGGCGCGCGACGCAGAUGUCAUCCUCAUCUGCUCCAAGCCGCAAAUCGCAAAGUCUAUCCUUGAAGAGGAGGGGAUGAAGGCUGCGGUGGAGGGCAAGAUGGUGGUUUCUAUUUGCGCAGGUGUUACUAUUAGCCAGCUUAAGAGCUGGGUGCCAGAGAGCACGCUUGUUGCGCGAGCUAUGCCCAACACGCCUUGCAAGAUCCGCGAGGGCAUGACGAUUGUCACCCCCCUUCCGGACCCCAAGUCGCGCUCGCUCAUCCUCGCAAUCUUUACGUCGUGUGGCCGUUGCCGCUUCCUCGACGAGAAGCACUUUGACGCCUGCACUGCGCUUGCGGGCUCGGGCCCUGCGUUCGUCUCGCUCGUCCUCGAAGCCAUGGCCGAUGGUGCGGUCAUGAUGGGUCUUCCCCGCGCUGAGGCAUUGGAGAUUGCUGCACAGACUAUCCAGGGAACUGGCCGUAUGGCGCUCUAUGGGGGCCUGCACCCAGCGCAGCUCAAGGACAGCGUCACCACGCCGGGCGGUUGCACGAUUGCGGGCCUGCUUACGAUGGAGGACGGGCGUGUGCGUUCGACGAUGGCGCGCGCAAUCCAGGUGGCGACCAACCACGCUGCGGGCCUGGGCCAGGACAAGAAGUAG